UGUGUAAUGUUCGCGAAAAAAACACGCAAAAGAAGCGUUUCUUUGAUAAGAUAAGAGAAAAUCCUUAAAAUACUCAACAAAGCGUAGAGGUAAGACCACUAAAACCCAUGGUGGAAGCAAACCGAACCCCGCCCAGUCGGAAAAUGUGAGCGGACCACGGCGGCAGUCCGCAGGCAGCAGAGGAGCAUCAUUUCACCAAGUUUUCGCAGUUGAAAAACUCCAUGGAAAUAAUGGGCGACAGCGAGCAAAUUUGGCCAGAGAUCGGUGUGGAUCCGCAGCAUGUGUGCGAGGCCGUCGUCGGCGAGGGGAGAUUCCAGCUGAUCUGCGACAAAGCCUGGCUGCAGGCUCUAGAACGCCACCGACGGCUGACUAACUUUCCCAGCUGGCCGCUAUUGGACAGACGAGCUCAUCCUACGGGCCAGCUGGAGCAUCCAUGGACACGGAUAGUGGUGCAGACGUAUCGCAAGCAGCCCCAGCGAAGGGUCUAUCCCCUGCCUAGGAUCCCUGGUGAAGGUUCCAGUCAGGAUUUACCCCUUUCCUACUCGCAAGCCGUGUCCUUUGUGGCGCACAACAACUUUAGGCAGCUGUGGGAGGAGGCCUACAAACGAUACAAUGGAGCCCAUGUCAAACUCUGCAGACCCGCAGCAUCAGCGCCACAAGCAAAGCCACAUCCCGGUCAGGGGCAACUGCAACCACAUGAUGUCGUCCUCAAGGAGCUCAUUCAGCGCGUCUACCACUGUCCCGUGCUGCACUGUCAGGCAGAUCGUGACGACUCUCCCACUGGCAUUCCCCAGGCAUCUGAACUACCGGGCACCUGUCACGCCAACAUCUUGCCCGCCCUGGUCGCCAUCGAGACAUCCACACACUUCAGCGUAUUCUUCUAUCCGCCGGCGUUGGAGUGCAGCCUCUACGACUGCAUAACGUUCAGUCCAGCGCUGCUUGGAAGGGGCUACAACAAGACACUGUUCGUGAUCUAUCAGAUCCUGCAGUUGGCCAAGCACCUCCAGGCACAGGGCCUCUUUCUGGGUGACCUACGGCUGCAGCACAUUGUGAUGCGUGAGAAUCUCUGGCUGCAGAUACUACCGCGACUGCAGUGCAAUCUCUUGGAGGAGGAUCCAGCAGCGGGUGGUGGCGGAGACAUAUCGCCACUGACUCCACUUGCCAGCGAGGAAAUUACGGGGGAUUUAGUGGUGGAUCCACGACAGCAGCGCCUGCCCUCCAGCAGCACCAUGUUUGACCUACGCCUCGCCUAUGAUCCAGCCCACUUCAACCUGCGCGAAUACGCGGAAAUGUGGUGCAGUGGCCAGCUGUCCAACUUCGACUACUUGACCAUCCUGAACAAUGCAUGCGGAAGGAGUCUAACGAAUGCCGCCCAUCACCACAUCAUGCCUUGGGUGACCGACUUCAGUGGACGCGGCGGAGCCAAUUGGCGAGACUUGACCAAGAGCAAGUAUCGUUUAAACAAAGGAGACGUCCAUCUCGAUCUCAUGUACUCCCACGCCAGUCAGCAUAGCACUGGAGACGGCAGCUACCAGCCCAUGGGAGAUCAGGCGCCUCACCACGUCUCUGACUUCCUCUCCGAAAUCACCUACUUCGUGUAUAUGGCGAGGAGAACGCCCCAGAGCAUUCUCUGCGCCCAUGUGCGUCCCAUUUGGGUGCCGGCUGAAUACCCAGUGUCCAUUCAGCGUCUGCAGGAAUGGACGCCAGACGAGUGCAUACCCGAGUUCUACUCAGAUCCCAUGAUCUUCAAGAGCAUUCACGAGGAUCUGCCGGAUUUGGAGCUGCCCGCCUGGGCCACCUGUCCCGAGGAUUUUAUCUGCAAGCACCGCGAGGCGCUUGAGUCACAGUAUGUCAGCGAGCGACUGCAUCACUGGAUAGAUCUCAACUUUGGCUACAAAUUGAGUGGCAAGGCGGCGGUGAAGUCUAAGAACGUCUGUUUAACCCUGGUUGAUCAGCACCGGAAUCUCAGCCAGCGCGGUAUUGUCCAGUUGUUUGCACAGGCCCAUCCGCCCCGCCGGUAUGCCACACCCUGGUUCAAUAAGACCGCUCCCAGACUGAGCCAACUGUACGCCAGUCCCUCGAAACGUUUGGCCAAAAGUACGGAAAAUCUGCACACCGAGAUGGGCCCGGGAUCAUCGUCACAUCUCUCUGUCCGACUCGGUGAGGAUAAAGGAUCAAACGGAUCGGUGCAUAGCAGUUCAGCCAACUUUUAUCCGGUGACCAACUACAUUGAGCUGCCAGAGAACUAUAAUCCGACGCUGUUGUUGCAAAAUCUGGAGGCCCUGGAGGCCUUCUAUGCCCGUACAUUUCCACAACAGCGGGCUACUGCUAAUCCCGAAGAGAAGAUGAUCAGCAGCGAUCUCUUGUUCGAGCAGAACUCGGCAGAUCAUUCGUUCACCAAUCAGCUAUUCGCCGCCAGCGGAGAGGAGAUUCCCACCAAGUCGAAGAAUCUGUUGCGGGAGGAGAAGAGGAGUUGCCUGCAACACUUGUUGAAUGCCAGACGAGAGCGUGAUCUGCAAGUCCUGGGGUGUCUCAUCGUGGAGCUCUUUGCCAUGCAGCGUUUGCGUCCCCUUCUAAUGGGCAAUGGACUGAGUGCCACCUUUGAGGCUCGACUGUCCGCAUGUCGCACGGUGGCCCAGAUGCAUCGCCAGGAGCUGCCAAAACUAGUGCGUCGCGUGGUUCGUCUGCUGCUGCAACUGGAGGAGCCCGGCGAAGGUGACCAGGGUCUGCCGCAACCUCCGAAUCCCGCACAACUGGUGGAACCCAUGUUUGCCAAUCUACUGCUCCCCUUUCCAAGCCACUAUAUAGCUGUCUAUGCUUUGGUUCGAUCUCUGCAUGCCUUCGAAGCGAACGCGGUGCUCCUGGAACUGCAAACCCACUUUAGUUGCAAGGGCGGAAGAGAGUGUGCCCGGUACACAGAGAUGGACCGACAACGUGUGGUGUUCGAACGAAAGAUAGCCGAGUGCAAGGUCAUGUCCUGCUGCGCCCACCUACGGCGACUCCUCGAACCCGUGGCCUUUGCAUAUGAGCAGUUCACACCGGUGGAGUUGCUCCUGCCACUCAUCAUCGAUCUGCUGCGUGAUGAACGAACCUCUAUUUUGACCGCAUGGAACUUGUUCGAUCCCAUAGCGCAGGCCUUGGGCGUGGCCCAGACCCAACAGCACCUGCUCCAACCGCUGCUCAAGCUCUACGACGUUGAGGGAGUCGGCAGCUCAGCGGAGGAUGGCGGCGUCAAUAACAGCGGCGGUCAUUUAAAAUUCUCGGCCAGCAGCUCUUUUAAGUCGCGGAAAUCGGUGAAACUGUAUCACCACAGUUUCCUGCUUCGUCUGAUUGUGCGAUUUGGCCUCCGCUGCUUCCUGCAGCACUUCAUUGCCCCACUCAUUGAGGCUGUUGGUGGCUACAAGGAGCCGGAGCAGGGCAAUGGCUAUCACUAUCACAGUGGCGGCAGUAGAAGGACAAGCAAGAAUCUCAACUAUGCCGCCGCAGAGGAGGAACUGGACGACCAACCACCACCAUCAAAACCGGACAUCGAGGAGCUGUUUACAUUCGAAGAGGAUCAGGACCGUCUGUCCAGUCAUGAGAGCAAAUCUAUCGACUCCUUCGACAUGCGGCCGAGCAACACCAGUGCAGCCAGUGCGGAAGAGGCGCGGGAAUCGGACGGCUCGCCGGAUAAACUGGUGAUUAAUGAACUCAUUUACGGCGCCAGAAUAUCUCCCGAUAAGCUAUCGCUGCGCGAGGGGCAAACACCGCCCGCUCUGGUACCACCUCCGCUUGGGCCACGCUCUCCCACUAUCGAGAUUCCAUUGUGUCCCACUGCGACCGGUGGCAUUCGUCGCAGCUUCCAGCUAAGCGCUAUUGACUGCGACAUUGGCUCACGAAAGAGUGUGGACAGCUUCGAGCUAAUCAGUCAGGCGGUAGAGGAGCAACUACCUCCUUCAACGACGACGGCGGCAUUGGAGACCGAAGCAGAGUCCACCGACUCCCUGCAGGCAUCGGUCAUCUCUCGUCUGUCGGAAGCAAAGGCCGUCCAGAACAACCGCAUUAGCGAAAUGAGCGCCGAGAGUUUGGUGUGGCUCUCGCAUCGUCUGGGUCCGGUGCUCACCUCUCGUUACAUCACUCGAAAUCUGCUGAAGCUGCUCUCGCUAUGCUAUGUGGGCCAGGAGAACCUCCUGCCUGAGGUAGACGAUGGGCACUUCAGCUCCUCACCGGAGGCGGCCAAUCUCAACUACUUUAGUAUAGCAAACGCAAGGGUAGCGGGCGAUCGAGGUGCGGCUCGAGUGCUGGAAUGUCUCAUGUCCAUAGCGGCUCUCUAUGGCGAAAGCUUCCUUUUGCUGCAGUACUUCCCUCACAUCAGCGAGCUAAUUGGACUUUGCUCAAAACGGAUCACUGGCAGCCUGGAGGGUGCCAUCAUCAGUUCACUGCAGCUGCUCAAGUACAUGGUGCCGUGUCUGACCGAUGCCAGCAUCAUGGAGCAUCUGCAGCACAUCCUGCUGGAUGCCAUUCUGCUGCCAAUUCUCCGUCUGCUUAGCUCAACGAAUCUCCAAAUGCCAAGUGGCUAUCUGGGAAGGUCGCUGCUGGCGCGAAAGUUCCUGGACGCCAUCUAUGCUCUGAGUGUUCGCCUAGGAUCGGAUAUGACGCGGGAACAUCUCUGCCAGUCUCUGCUGUGUCCGUUCUUUCUGAUCUUCAACAAGGCCUUUGGACUGCCCAAUGAUUUUGCUGCCGAUCUGGCCAAUCUUUCACUGACUGGAGGAGGAGGAGCUUCGCAGCCGGAACGUGCUAUGGAGGAAUUGAGAGAUGUCUUUGGGCCUGAGUUGGCUCACACCGCCUAUCUGACCUUCUUGCGCUUCCUGGGCGAGGCCAACAUGAAGCGUUCACUGACAAAUCUGGAACUCGUGCUGACCCUGUGCCACGAACACGAACAACCCAGUGGAAAUGGACAGAGCAAAACCCAAUUAUCUACCAGUGUGAGUUCCGGACAGGAUGUGGACACGGUAGACGGCACCUGCGAGCUGGCUGCCAAUAGUUUUGGUACUCAGAUCGUGGGUAAUCGUCUGCAGGUUCAGGCCAGGAGCAACGUGGAGCUGCUUGACAUGGUGGCCUACAAGCUGGACCAGAUGCCCAGCACCCGACACUUGAAGGGCAACUGGUUGGCAUAUUGGCGGAAUGAGACCACGCGCAGCGAAAAGGAUAACCAGGCUCUCAAUCUCAAGCAAAUACGACUGCAGUCCUUUGUGGGCCACACCAAUUCCGUGAGAGCCAUUUACGCCCUGGACAAUGAGAACAGCUUCGUUUCCGCCUCCAAGGAUAAAACCGUGAAGCUGUGGUCACUACGCAGCGAGGGAGAUGGCAGGAAGACCAGCGCCUGCCAGUUCACAUAUACAGCGCACAAGAAGUCCAUCAAUUCACUCAGCUUCCUGGAAUCCCUUCGCUAUGUGGUGUCCUGCGAUUCGGGAGUACAUCUGUGGGAUCCGUUUAUCGGGCGACCUCUGGGUAUACUGGAUGCUCCGCGACACAGUGCUGUAACCGUGGUCAAAUGCCUUCCCUCGCAUUCCCCGCUGGUUGUGGCCGGCACCGCAGAGUCCACGGUGAAGAUGAUCGAUGCCAGGAGCAUGGAGUAUGUCAACGAGUGGCGGGUGUGCAAUGCUACUCUGCCCAAUGCGACUGUACGUUGUCUGGCAGUAGCUCCCUCUGGCAAUUGGCUGGCGGCUGGACUCUCCUCCGGCUGCAUAGUCCAGCUCGAUACGCGUACCGGCAUGGUGAUCAACUCAUGGAGGCCAAUGGAGUGCGAUUUGCUACAGCUAACGGCGCCGAGUGAUCAGUUCCUGGUGAGCUCCGCAUUAGAUCAUUCCCUGGCCGUUUGGCAUGCCCUGGAUGGCAUUAUGCACUAUCAGCUCAAACCUCCACCGGAACCAGCCCAUUUCCUGCAGAGCGUUGGUUCUUCCUUGGUCUACGCCACCACGGGCAACCGCGUGGGCGUUUAUGCGGAUGUGGCUCAUUCCCAUGCCUUCAACACGAUUACCAAGCUGCGAUCCGAGACCUUCCGCGGCGUGCUUACCUCGCUGGCCGUCCUACCGCUGAAUCGAGCCUUCCGCGGCAAUGAAAGCGGUCACAUUGCCCUGCUUUGUUAGAAGCUAUAAAGGUGUGUGUAAUCACCAUGAUAUUAUCAGGGGUGCCAAGGAAAUCACU